AAUAACAUGACUUGGUAGUUUCUCUUUUAAAUCUCUAGAAGUUGUUGAUGUUUGUCCUCACCAAAAAUAUUGUUUAAGAUGCUCUGUAGCAGGGCAAACGUCGCUGAUCGAAUCCCUGAAAUUUUUUCGCGUCAAAGUGGCCAAUGAUCUGCGCGCUGAACGGCUGAAUGAAAUAAUUACACUCACCUGCCAGUGCUGAUGGAUUGAGUGGACAAAUAUUAAGAAUGAUCAGAUAAAAGUAAUAUGUUAUACCAGAGCAAAUACCUCGUGUCUCUCCGCCAUGGUGGGGCAGGAAGGGCACUCAGUGCAUUUCAAAGCCGAAACAAAAGGUACAUUAACAAUAAAUUCAUAGCCCCGAUUUCAAGCAGCUAACAAUUCAUUCAAUUGAUCGGAGGCUUUGGUGGAAAGGGUUUUUGAUAAAUUUGAAAAAAAGUGCAUAAAUUUGUGUUGAGAGAGGGUUUUUGAUAAAUUUAAAAAAAGUGCAUAAAUUUGUGUUAAGAGAGGGUUUGUACACAGAAACUGCGGAAAGCGCUUAAAGCAUCAAAAUGCUGGGUGGACUGUAUGGGGAUUUACCCCCGCCUUCUUCGGUCUCCAUAGACGAAGAUGCAGCCAAUGCCAAUGCGGCCGCCACCGCUGCCAGUGUACUGUGGUCGAGCAGUGCAAAAAUGGCGCCGCCCACUCUGCGCAAGCCCCCGGCGCUCUUUGCUUCCCCUCAGUCGAUACUUAGAAAUCAGCAGCCAACGGUCUCGGGGGCUAAAUCCAAGGGUGCCGCGGCUGCCCCGUCUUUUCCGCCGAGGGUUACAUACGCUGAGCCUGUGGGGGUCGAUGUGAAGGAAGCACCCUUUCAGCCUGCUUUGGUGGGGGUGACCUCUAGUGUUAUGGAGGAGUAUGACCCUGCAAGGCCGAAUGAUUAUGAGGAGUAUAGGAGGGAGCGGAGGAGAAGGGCUGUGGAGGCGGAGAUGAGAAGGGAAUUAGAGCGGCGACGACAAGAGGAAGAGGAAAGGGAGCGCGAAUUGGCCGCGUUGCGGGAAUUGGAGGAGGCCAAUGCCAUUGCCUCUUCCAAUUCUACUGCCACUGCUGCUGCCUCUUUCGCUGCAGCAGAGAAGGAUGCCGCUCUCAACAUCAGUGGCGAGGAAGCCUGGAAGCGGCGGGCAGCAAUGAGUGGCAGUGCUCCUCCUCCCAGGUCUCCUUCCCCUCCGCCUGGUGGUGGGGAUGGAGGAUUUAGUAUUGGGAAGUCGGCAACCGGUGGGCUGGGUGUUGGUGCUGGUGGGCAGAUGACUGCUGCACAGAGGAUGAUGGCUAGGAUGGGAUGGAAGGAGGGGCAGGGAUUAGGGAAACAGGAACAGGGGAUUACCACACCAUUGAUGGCGAGGAAGACAGACAAGAGAGCUGGGGUUAUUGUCAAUGCUAGUGAAUCCAACAGGCCAGAGAAGAAGAUCAAGAGUGUCAAUAUUACCGCUCCACCUACAAGGGUUUUGCUUCUCAGAAACAUGGUUGGGCCAGGAGAGGUGGAUGAUGAACUGGAAGACGAAGUUGCCUCAGAGUGUGCUAAGUAUGGAACAGUUACACGUGUUCUAAUCUUUGAAAUCACUGAACCUGAUUUCCCAACUGAUGAAGCUGUUAGAAUAUUUGUGCAAUUUGAACGUUCUGAGCAAACAACUAAAGCUCUCAUUGAUCUUGAUGGACGAUUUUUUGGUGGACGGGUGGUUCAUGCAAGCUUCUAUGAUGAAGAUAGGUUUAGCAAAAAUGAAUUAGCACCUGCACCAGGAGAGGUGCCUUCAUACCCUGCUUUAUAAUAGUGAAAUAUUUAAGCUUAUUUAGCUGACCUAUCACCUAUGCUUCCUCUCCUAUAGACAGAACAUUAGGAUGAAAUAGAAUGAGAAGUAGCUUAUGACUUGUGCACCAUGCUUGGUUUAUCAAGUUUCAAUGUUUCUUGUGUGUGCUUUACAUUUUUGAGGACAUGUGAGCUUGUGAAGAUGAUUUUAGUAUUCUUUUCGGGGGACUUCUAAUAUCACCAAAUUGUGCUGAGGCUGUUCAAGGAAUUUGCAGAUUAACAAUUCAAUGUUUUUCUGCAAUUAAGAUGAGAUUGCUAGUUUAAAAAUUGAAAAUUUAGGUCUCAAAUUUCAUAGUAAUUUUUCUUAUAUCAUUGGUAGAAACGUUGGUCAAAGAGAGUUGUAUGUACUGCAAGGUAAUUUUCUAGACAUAUGGCUGCUAAAGUCGACAGCCAUCUUAUUCAA